AUGGCGUCAGAUCUAGAAGCAGCCGCGGUCGGCGAGCAAGGCUUGGGCACGCUGCUGCCGGUGCCGCCCUUCCCCGUAACGAGAAGCGUCAAUCCUCGGCUGGCCGAGGUGUUCCGGAGACAGGAUGACGAAACCCAAGAGGCAGCCUUCAUUGCCUACCUAACCGCUGGGUACCCCAAAAAGACCGACACAGUGGAGCUCUUGUUGGCACUACAGGAGGGGGGAGUUGACGUCGUGGAGCUGGGAGUCCCUUUUAGCGACCCUCAAGCAGACGGGCCAACCAUUCAAGCCACCAACCAGGUGGCCUUGCAGAACGGCAUCACCCUAACGGAAUGUCUCGAAAUAGUCAGGGAUGCUCGCGCGAAGGGCUUGACGAUCGCCGUGGUCCUCAUGGGAUAUCUCAACCCGUUCCUCGCCUAUGGCUUGAACAAGCUCGUUCACGAUGCUCAUCGGAACGGCGUUGACGGCUUCUUGGUGGUUGACCUGCUUCCCGACGACGCUCACGACUUCAUCUCGAAGUGCCAAGAGUACCACCUGUCGUUCAUCCCUCUCGUGACGCCCACGACCACCGAUGAUCGUAUCCCUUUCAUCGCUUCCACCACCGACUCCUUCGUCUACUGUGUCAGUGUGACCGGGGUAACGGGUGCUCGCGCCCACCUCCCCAUCGGCCUGGAGAAGUUCAUCCGUCGCGUGCGCCGGGCGACAGGAAAGCCUCUCUCCGUCGGAUUCGGCAUCAGCUCGACGGAGCAGGUGCAAGCGGUAGCCGGAAUCGCCGAUGGGGUCGUGGUUGGGUCGGCCUUCAUGAACGCCAUCGAUGAGGCGUCCCGAAUGCGGAUAGAGGGAGAGCGGAAGGCUGUGCCGCCUGGUGGAAACAUCGGGGCAUUUGGCGGAUGCUACAUUCCGGAAACCCUUGUGGAGGCGCAUAGGGGACUGGAGGAGGCAUACGCGGCAGCGAAGGCAGACCCGUGUUUCCGAGAAGAGUUGGCCUGGUACCGUCGGGAGUACAUCGGAGGCCCGACGCCCUUGCACCACGCCAAGAGCCUGAGUGAGGAGAUGGGGGGAGGUCAGAUUUGGCUCAAGAGAGAGGAGAUGGCACACACCGGCGCGCAAGAAAUCAACAACGCCAUGGCGCAAGCGCUGCUCGCGAAGCGCGUCGGCAAGACUCGCGUCGUCGCCGCCACCGGGUCGGGGCAACACGGGGUUGCCACGGCGACCGCGUGCGCUCUCCUGGGCAUGGAGUGCACCGUUUUCAUGGGCGCGGUGGACUGCCAGCGGCAGAAACUAAACCUGGUCAAGAUGAAGAUACUUGGCGCGCAGGUGGUGCCUGUCGAACAAGGGGACCGCAAGCUGAAGGAUGCAAUCAACGAGGCCAUGAGACACUGCGUGGCGACCGUCGCCGACACCUACUUCCUGGUUUCCUCCACCGUCGCGCCCCAUCCUUUCCCCACCAUGGUGAAGGAAUUCCAGUCCGUCGUCGGCGAGGAGGCUCUGUCACAGGUGGUCGAACAGGCGGGGAGACUCCCUGACUACGUCGUUGCCGGCGUUGGAGAAGGGUCCGACGCGAUUGGCAUGUUUGACGCUUUCCUCAGGGACGGUAAUAACGCGGGUCACGUGAGGCUUGUGGGCGUCGAGGCCGGAGGCAAGGGGAACUUCUUCCAAUCGGCCACCGUCCUUACUAAAGGCAGUCCGGGCGUGCUGCACGGCACUCGUACGUAUAUUCUUCAGAAUGAGCAUGGGCAAAUAUCAGACACGCACUCUAUUGCGGCGGGACUCGACUACCCGGGGGUGGGGCCGGAACAUUCGCGGCUGAAGGAUAGCGGGCGUGCGGAAUACGUCGCGGUUGACGAUGCGCACGCCAUCGAGGCCCUCCAACUCUUGGCACGCACCGAAGGAAUCAUCAGUGCACUGGAACCGGCCCAUGCGGUCUACCACGCUAUGCAGCUGGCCAAGGGACUACCGCCAGACAAGAUUGUUCUGGUCAACCUUUCUGGGAGGGGCGACAAGGACAUGGAAACGGUCGCUGCGUAUCUCGGGGAAGCGAUCUGA